UUCCCCUUGGCGCGGUCUCUCAUUUCCGCUUCCGGUGCGGCCGCGCGCGAGCGCAGCGGUGGGAGGCGGCGAUCAGCCGGUUGAGGCCCCAGGCUUGGCCUCACCACAAUGUGGCACGAGGCUCGAAAGCAUGAGCGGAAGCUUCGAGGCAUGAUGGUGGACUACAAGAAGAGAGCAGAGCGGAGGCGGGAGUACUAUGAAAAAAUCAAGAAGGACCCAGCCCAGUUCCUGCAGGUACAUGGCCGAGCUUGCAAGGUGCACUUGGAUUCUGCAGUUGCCUUGGCUGCUGAGAGCCCUGUUAACAUGAUGCCCUGGCAGGGGGACACCAACAACAUGAUUGACCGCUUCGAUGUUCGUGCCCACUUGGACCACAUCCCUGACUACACACCCCCACUGCUCACCACCAUCUCCCCAGAACAAGAGUCAGACGAGCGGAAAUGUAACUACGAGCGCUACCGGGGCCUGGUGCAGAACGACUUUGCUGGCAUCUCCGAGGAACAGUGCCUGUACCAGAUCUACAUUGAUGAGUUGUACGGAGGCCUCCAGAGACCUAGUGAGGAUGAAAAGAAGAAGCUGGCAGAGAAGAAGGCUUCCAUUGGUUACACCUACGAGGACAGCACAGUGGCCGAGGUAGAGAAGGCAGUGGAGAAGCCGGAGGAGGAGGAGUCACCAGCUGAGGAGGAGAGCAACUCGGAUGAAGAUGAGGUCAUCCCCGACAUCGAUGUGGAGGUGGACGUGGAUGAACUGAACCAGGAGCAGGUGGCAGACCUCAAUAAACAGGCCACAACCUAUGGCAUGGCCGACGGUGAUUUUGUCAGGAUGCUUCGGAAAGACAAGGAGGAGGCAGAGGCCAUCAAACAUGCCAAGGCCCUUGAGGAGGAGAAGGCUAUGUACUCGGGCCGUCGCUCCCGGCGCCAGCGGAGAGAAUUUCGUGAGAAGCGGCUUAGGGGUCGCAAGAUCAGCCCGCCCAGCUAUGCCCGCCGAGAUAGCCCCACCUACGAUCCCUACAAGCGGUCGCCCUCAGAGUCCAGUUCUGAGUCCCGCUCCCGUUCCCGCUCCCCAACCCCAGGCCGUGAAGAGAAGAUCACGUUCAUCACCAGUUUUGGGGGCAGCGAUGAGGAGGCAGCCGCAGCCGCAGCUGCCGCAGCCGCAUCAGGGGCCACCACAGGGAAGCCCCCCGCACUCCCCCAGCCUGGCGGCCCUGCCCCGGGACGUAAUGCCAGUGCCCGCCGCCGCUCCUCCUCUUCCUCCUCCUCUUCUGCCUCGAGGACCUCCAGCUCCCGCUCCAGCUCCCGUUCCAGCUCCCGCUCCCACCGAGGUGGGGGCUACUACCGCUCCAGCCGCCAUGCCCGUUCCCGCUCCCGCUCCUGGUCCCGUUCCCGGUCCCGCUCCAGGCGUUAUUCCCGGUCCCGCAGCCGGCGACACUCAGGUGGAGGGUCCCGAGACGGACACCGCUACUCCCGUUCACCUGCCCGGCGUGGUGGUUAUGGGCCUCGGCGCAGAAGCAGGAGCCGCUCUCGCUCAGGGGACCGCUAUAGGCGGGGCGGACGGGCCCCCAGGCACCAUAGCAGUAGCCGCAGCCGCAGCAGCUGGUCUCUCAGCCCAUCCCGCAGUCGCAGUCUGACUCGCAGCCGGAGCCACAGCCCCAGCCGGAGCCACAGCCCUAGCCACAGCCAUAGCCACAGCCGAAGCCACAGCCGCAGUCAGAGUCACUCGCCAUCACCCCCAAGGGAGAAGCUGACCAGGCCGGUGGCGUCCCCUGCUGUGGGCGAGAAGCUGAAAAAGACCGAACCUGCCGCUGGUAAAGAGACAGGAGCUGCCAAACCCAAGCUGACGCCGCAGGAGAAGUUGAAACUAAGGAUGCAGAAGGCGCUGAACAGGCAGUUCAAGGCGGAUAAAAAGGCAGCUCAGGAGAAGAUGAUACAGCAGGAACAUGAGCGGCAGGAGCGAGAAGAUGAGCUUCGAGCCAUGGCGCGCAAGAUCCGGAUGAAGGAGCGGGAGCGCCGAGAAAAGGAGAGAGAGGAAUGGGAGCGCCAGUACAGCCGGCAAAGCCGCUCACCCUCACCUCGCUACAGUCGAGAAUACAGCUCUUCUCGAAGGCGCUCAAGGUCCCGAUCCAGAAGCCCCCAUUACCGACAUUAGGCAAAAGAGAAGGGAACAAUGGGGUGAGGAGUGGGACUGACGCUGUGAUGCUGCUGGUUUUAUCUUCAGUGAAAUAAAAUCAAACGUUAUUUAAUUCCCUUCA